UUUGCAUGAAAAGCGCCGCUGGGAAAAGCAGAAAGAGAUGAUCAGUGAUUCCAGUCUGUCCUGAGAAAAGAAGAAACACGAACACAUCUGAAUCACAUCAUCUACAGAAAUGGAGAGAAUCACAUUGAUGUCUCUUCUGUUCACAGCCGUGGUCAGUUCAUCUCCACGUCAGUAUCACUUUGUGAAUCAGAGGAUGAACUGGACUGAAGCUCAGAGAUACUGCAGAGAAGAACACACAGAUCUGGUCACUAUCAAUGACAUACAAGAACAGAACGAGACAAAACAGCUCAUAAACAGUAACCCUGAGCGUGUCUGGAUUGGGCUGAAGGACUCAUGGAUGUGGUCUCUGACUGACCCUGACUACAGAGGAAAUGAGUCUCAGUAUAGGAACUGGGGAACAACACAACCAAAUAGAUAUGGAGACUGUGUUUCUAUGAACACUGAUGGACAAUGGAAUAAUAUAAAUUGUGGUACCACAAGGAGUUUCAUCUGCUAUAAUGUCAGUACAGGAUUCGUCCCUGUACAGGAGCGAAUGAACUUCACAAACGCUCAGAAAUACUGCAGAGAGAACCACACAGCUCUGGUCAGUGUGAGGAACCAGAGUGAGAAUGAAGAGAUUAAGAACAUCAUAAAUCAGAACCUAACUUCUCCUAAAGAGUCCUGGAUCGGUCUGUACAGAUUCUGGGUUUGGUCAGAUAACAGCCCCGUCACAUUCUUAUACUGGAAACAAGGUGAACCUAAUAACAUCCCUAACGGAAACAUCAUCUGUGCAUCGACUGGUUUCAGUGAUAAAGGACAAUGGACAGACGAGUACUGUGGAGAACUGCAUCCCUUUGUGUGUUAUGAUGAUAAACUGGUUCUGAUCGGAGAGAAUAAGACGUGGACUGAAGCUCUGAGAUACUGCAGAGACAGAGACAUGGACCUGGUGUCGGUAUAUUCGGAGCAGAUACAGCGACGGGUGAUGAAUGUGACCUCGAGAGCCUCGUCCAAUCACGUGUGGCUGGGUCUGCGUCACUCCUGCAUCGUGGGAAUCUGGUUCUGGAUCAACGGUCAGACCAUCUGCUACGAUCGGUGGACUCUUGAUUACGACACCGGACUGGACGACUGUGUUAAUACGAUCAGAUCCGGAGCCAUUCGGACCAACGAUAAUUUCUGGAUCAGCCUCCCUGAAACUGACAGAAACAACUUCAUCUGUGUCAAGUGAUCACUGGAGAGAAACUGAUCACAUGGAAUCCCAAAUUAUAAAUAUUUAGUACUAUUUCAAAAUACCUAUAAUUAGAGGGUCAUCACUUUCUUAUUCCAUAUUCACACAAUGCCAGUAAAUUACGCACUAAAAUAUAAUCAAAAAUAUCUGCAUUUUGUUUAAAUGUUUUCUAAAUAAAAGUUUCGUUUUUGGUCAUUUGUAACCAAUAACAGACCGAAAAUGUACAAGUAAUUACCAACUGUGUGUUUGAGUCAAAUAACAAUCAAUCAAGCUGUCAAUGUCUAACAGUUUUUUCACAAUAUAUACAGAAUGUACAUAUAUUUUUAGAGACGCACUGAAAUUUAUCCGCCGAGAGAGAAAACGCCAAAAAUACGAGCCGAAAAAUAGGCUAUGUAAUAUUUUAUUAGUCGCAGUCCGACUCUCUGCUCAGUAUUUCGCUCAAUGAAUGCGCUUCAGCUCUUAUAGCAGCCUACCCCUCAUGUUUAGUACUUGUUCAUGUUUACAGUAGCGCUCCUGUGCUGUUACUCGAUGUAGUAGAGCUGGCGCUAGGCUGAGUGGGAUCCAUAUGCAGCGUUUAUUGGCUUGGUCGUACAGACAGGGACAAAACUACGGCAAAACGGAGCAAGGAGGACGAUCCAAAUAGCAGAACAGACGAGCAGAAGGUCUGGGGCAGGCAGAGAACCACCAGAGAGCAGAUAGACAGUCCGGGGUCGAUAACAAGGCAGAGAAUACAAUGGUAAACCCUCAGAAAUGAUCACCGUAGCAAAUCAAGACUUCGCACAGGUAGAACUUACUAGUCCAUUUAAAUAGGGGAAGUAUUGAGCAGUGGGCGUGGCGAAGGGGACAGGUGUGUAUUCAGCCCCAGGUAAGAGGCAGUAUGGGAAGUGGACCGGUUAAUACUCGAGACCGCCCUCUGGUGGCACGGAGGACACGGCCCGGUAACCUCCAUGGCAACACUGCUCACAUGCUCUGAUAAUAAUAGCUUAGGACAAUUAGUUAUAUCUGAUUCUGUUGCAUUGUAAAAUGCAAUAAUAAAAAAAAUAUUGCAUUGCUAUUUAAUAUGAAGGUAACACUUUACAAUAAGGUGCCCGCAUUGUGCAGGUGUUGCCAAAUCCACAUUUUCCCCACAGAAUCGGGCUAGUUUGUCCUCUGUUGCCGCGGGUUGUUUUUCAAUUGGUGGGUUGACGCGACCCCACAAAUGGGACACUCACCUCCCUGAACAUGGUUGGGCUAGUUUUGGACCAGUUCGGAGAAACAACUCGUCACGUUCAAAACAAUCAUGUGAACAGCUAUACAAUAAAAUCAGAUCUAAGUAAAAAUUCUGCAUGCAGUGUGAACAUAGCUUUCAUGUCUGUUUGAACUUCUGUCAUGUUUAAGUUUAAUUAUGCGAUUCAGUUUACAUUUACUGUGCUUUUUGUCAUUUUUGCUUUAUUUAGUGCAUAUUAUUUAGCGCCUACAUUUACAUCUGUGAACUCAUAUGUUCUGGGAAAUCAAUCUACAAUGACUGCAUUUAUAAUCCCGUGUAAUUACAUGCACCUUGAUAUGCUGUUUAAACAUGCUUUAGUUUUGUUUUAAUGGAUUUUAUCGUUUCUGCACAUUUUCUCAUUUCUGAUUGUAAUUGCUAAUUAUGUUGCUCACCUGUGUCUCAUUAAUUUCUUUCAUUAUUGUUUUACAGGGAUAAUAAACGUUAAUUGACUCCAUUAA